ACAUUUUUACCGGUUGCAAAGAACAGUGUUCAGAAAACACAAGCUGUAAAUAAAUAGAGAGAAAUUAGUGAAUGAUUUAUCUUGUUUAACAGGAGAGGUCGGCUACAAAAAGACCAGGAGGACUACGUGUCCUCACAAUUCAUCUGCACCUGACUUGAUUCUCCCCAUCCGUCUCUUGAUUUGUAAUGGAGUCUGCUGUUGGUGUGCUGGUGUCCCAGUUCAAGGCGUAUGCUGGCAGCGACGGUUCCUCUGACACUCUGAACAGGGAUGAGUUCCACAAACUGGUCACAUCAGAGCUUCCUAACCUUGUCAAGAUUGCCACUGACCACACUGCCAUUGACCAGCUAAUGAGCUCAUUGGACAAGAACAAUGAUGGAGAGCUCAACUUCCUGGAGUUCUGGCAGCUGAUUGGGCAUCUUGCGAGCAAGCAUGGAGGGUUCAGCCAAUAGAGAGUCCUCAGAUGCUCUGUUACAGCUUCAUGUCUGUCACUGACUUGUCUGAGUGCCAUACAGUUUGAGAAAAUGGGACCACAGCCAAGUG